GGGGGGGGGAGCUUGCAGAGGGAGCAGCGAGGAUUGCCUGAGGGCAGGGUGGCGGGCGGGCAAGCGGGUGAGCGCAGCGAGAGGGCUCGACACACCUGCUGACCCAAGAAUAAGGGCCCGAGAGUGGAGACAGGGUCCGAAAGAGGUCGAUAGAGCAGCUCUGGGUUGCCGGCGGAAUGCGCAAUCCUGCAGCCAGCGACCUGACGGCUGGGGAGAGAGAGAGGGCGAGAGGGGUGGCCUUGGAGGCGAUGGAGCAGGAGUCAGCGACAAAGCGCCGCAGCGAGGGUUUCGGCCAAUGGGGCGCCGGCGAGCAGCAUGUCGAGUAUGUCGAGUAUGUCGAGUAUGUCGAGUGUGUCGAGUAUGUCGAGUAUGUCGAGUGUGUCGAGUAUGUCGAGUAUGUCGAGUAUGUCCAGGGAAACGCCAAAGUGACGGCAGCGCGAGCACUGCAUCUCCUCGCUAAGCAAGGCGACCUCGACUCGCUCAAGUUCCUCGUCGAGUCCGAAGACACCGGCGAAGACAUCCGGCUGGAAUCGAGGCAUGUCUCGUCGCUUGAUGUAGACGAGAGCUCGAACACGCUUCUGCAUACCGCCACCCAGUCCGGCCAUCUGAACAUUGUCGAAUGGCUGCUUGGCCAGGACAAGAUCGAUGUCAAUGCCCAGAAUGCCUCGGGCGACACGGCGCUUAUUCUGAGCGUCCUGUGCGGUAGUUUGGAGCUCACGACUGCGAUAAUAUCUGCAGCAACGAUACUGCGUCGGCAAGCCAGUCGAUUCGCGGCUGACUCUUUCGUUUCUGCAUCCACGCGAUCGCGGAAUAUCCACGGGUUCGGUCGCCAGUUGCUGCGAGCCAAAGCAGAUGCAAAUGUAGCAAACGACCAUGGCAACACGCCUCUGCACUAUGCAUGCUUUUGGCGAUACGAGCCGAUUGCCCUCGCUUUGGUCAUCGAAGGCGCGGCGGUAGUAGCCAAGAACAAGUAUCAGCGAUCGCCCUUUGAUCGGACGAGCGAUAGCCUCCGCCAGAAGGUCGAGUCGGCUAUCGGAAGCCAACAACGGCCGAACGUAGUUGUCCAGGCCAACGCUCUCCAGUUGCACCAUCAAAUCGAAUCCACACCCCGGUUCGACAGCUGGAAAGGCCACUGGAGCGACUACAGCGUCUUCAUCAAGCUCUUCAAAGACCAGGGCCACAUUGUGGAGGAAGAGGUCGUUCAAAUUCGCAAGGAGAUUUCGACCGUCCGCAAACUGUACCACCCCAACCUCUGCUUGAUCCUUGGGGCGUGCUUGACUCAGCCCAACAUGUGCAUCUUUACCGAGUUCAUGGAGCACGGCAGUCUGCACACCUACGUCUACAAUCCAGAGUUUGACCUGUCGAUUCAGCAAGCCAUCUUUUGGGCGAUCGGCAUUUGCGAAGGUCUCUGCUUUCUCCACACCAGAGAGCCCGCUGUUGCCCAUGGUAACCUCAAGAGCAAGAACAUUUUGAUCCAUCCGGACGGUCGACCUCUUCUCAGCGAGUACGGAUUCCAAAACAGCUUGUUGGCACGACACGUGGGCGAAGCCCGCACAGGCAGGAGAUACGAUGUCGCCUGGCUCUCUCCCGAGUCGAUUCAAGAGGCAAAUGCGCCAGGCAGCAUGGCCGCGGAUGUGUAUGCAACAGCAAUCGUGUUGUACGAGAUUUUUGUUCGCCAAAGUCCGUUCGAAGAGCUUGGCCUCGAUGACGAGCAACUUGCAACAAGGAUUCUAGAAGGUGUCCGGCCCGAUGUUCCCGAUUUCAUCCCGGCAUCGAUCUCGGACCUCCUCCGCGACUGCUGGAGAGCAAACGCUGACCAGAGACCCAAGAUUACGGACGCGCGUGACAAGUUGAAGGAGCUUAUGCUUACACUCCAGCCGGCUGAGCCGGUUGACCCAUCCACGGCCUAGUCUCAUCCCAGCGAUCAAGCUUGGGCGCGCGAGAUGGAGCAGGAAUUCUGUCUGCAGUACAUUGUAUUCAGGGGGGAAAUGGGACACCUGCCCACAACCCAUUUGUCGGCGUAGUAUGCGAUGGCAUGCGUCUAACUAUGCCAUAAGAAAUAGAACAGAUCACUUUGGCAGUCUCCGAGUGAAGACCACCGGUCGCAGCGCAACGAUGUGGAAAUCGAGGGUGCUGUGUUUGGCCAUGAUUGCAAUGAGUGGGUGGGUGUAUUCAGGUCAAAAAGAACCCCUGUCAUGGCCCAAAACGGGAUGUCCCAUUUCAUUUUGGAAACGCAGUAAGGCGACUUCCAGACGAGUAUUGCAUAGCUGGCAUCAGAUUACUCAAAACAAAGGGCCGCAC